AUGCCAAUCCUCUGGAGGAGUGUCCUUGUUUGGAAUAGGGCAUCCACUGAACGAUCACGUCAAAAAGCGGGUUUAGGGCACAACCACCAGACCCAGCAACAAAACCCAGCUAAACCCCACCACAAAUCGAAUUUGAGAACUCUUGACCAUCUGCAACGAUAUCUUCAACUCGAAAGAACCUCGACCAUAACCCGCUUGUCGAUCGAGAAAUUCCAAAACUUGGCCAACAAAGUCUCCACCCACAUCUUCCGAAUCAACAGCAACGUAUCAGGUUUACAGAAACUAAUCGAUCUACUGGGUAGUUCAAGAGAUACAAGCGACAUUCGUAAGAAGCUGCAUGACCUGACAGAAUCAACUAGAGAAUUCAUCAAGAAUUCAUCUUCGGAUGCAAAAAAGCUAGCUAGUUGGCAGGUAACGGACUCAUAUAAAAUCGAACAACAAAAGGUUUCGAGGGAUUAUGCAAGUUCAAUUCAGGCUUUUCAAAGAGUAUCGAGGUUAUCCGUGGAAAGACAAAAGCAAUUUGUUGACCGAGUGAAAUCAUCGAAUGUGGUAUCUUCUCCUUCGAAACACGGGAGGAUCGCGAGUCAAGAUAUUGAACCGGAAAGUCACGAACUAUCAGAAACAAGACCUCAAUUUCAACAACAGCAACAACUUCAACUUCAGCAGCAGCUUCAAAAACCGGCCCAACGACAGCAAGAUGAGGAGGAAGUCAUACCUGAUUAUGAGCUAGACUAUCAAGAAGCAUUAAUCGAGGAGAGAGAGAAUGAAAUCAGAGAAAUCGAAGUGGGAAUCAAUGAAUUAAAUCAGAUAUUCAGGGAUUUAGGAACAAUAGUCCAAGAACAAGGGGGGAAUAUCGAUAACAUCGAGAGCAACGUUCAUCGAAUCAAUAACGACAUGAGCGGUGCCGUCGCUGAACUCCAUCAGGCCCACGAAUAUCAGAAGAAAUCCGCCGAUGCUUACGACAUGUCUAAUCCCCAAAACAUUUCUAGAUCUUAG